UGCCGCCGGGGCCGCGCGGCAGGACCGGCCGCCGAGCAUCCUCGGGCCUCCGGUGGCGGCAGGUGUCCCGGGGCGGCCCGGGGCCUCGCGGAGCGCCCGCCCCAAGGGAGUCCAGGGGCAUCAGCGGAGCGCCGCCUCUUCGCCUCGCACUCCACGGGUCCGGGGGCUGCCGGCGGCCGUCGGUCCCCAGCUCGCCCCCAUCUCCGCGGCGGGAGCGAAGGGAAGAGACGAGAGCCCGGGCGAACGGCUGGAGAAGAUCAUGGCGACGUGAGCGGUAGCGAAGCCCCCGACCCGAGUCCCCUCGCCCCGGCGCAGCGCAGAGGUUCCCCCGGCACCGCCGCGGCUCGGAGCGGCCCCCGGCCCCUCAGCUCAAACAUUCUCUACCUUGGAGGCUCUUUCUCUCCCUUUUGUUGAUAAAAAUGAGAAGAAAGUGGAGAUUGGAGGAUUUUCAUUUGAUCUUUUUUGGUGUGCUCUGUCUCCUGCUCAUAGAUGGAGCUAAACUAGAACAAGUAAAACAUUCAGAUACAUACUGUGUAUUUCAAGACAAGAAGUACCGUGUAGGAGAAAGAUGGCAUCCUUACCUAGAACCCUACGGACUUGUUUACUGUGUUAACUGUCUCUGCUCAGAGAAUGGAAAUGUACUGUGCAGCAGAAUAAGAUGUCCAAGCCUACACUGUCCUUCCCCUGUGCAUGUACCACAGCUGUGCUGCCCGCGAUGUCCAGAAGAUUCGCUGUUCUCAGUAAGCAGCAAAAUCACUGGGAAGUCCUGUGAAUACAAUGGCACCACCUACCAUCAUGGCGAAAUGUUUGUGGCAGAGGGGCUUUUCCAAAACAGGCAAGCAAACCAGUGCGCCCAGUGCAGCUGCUCAGAAGGAAAUGUGUACUGUGGGCUGAAGACCUGUCCCAAAUUAACUUGCUCUUUCCCAGUUUCUGUUCCAGAGUCCUGCUGUCCAGUUUGCAGAGGAGAUGGAGAGUUGUCCUGGGAGCAGGCUGAUGGAGAUAUCUUCCGGCAGCCAGCCAACAGGGAAGCCAGACACUCUUACCACCGCUCCCACUAUGAGCUGUCACCCAGCUCCACCAGGCAGGUAGUCAAUGUUCCACGAUUUCCAAGUGCCAGAAGUAACCGUGGAGUCCUACCAGAUCCCCAGCAAGCCUCAGGAACAAUAGUACAGAUUGUUAUCAACAACAAGCACAAGCAUGGACGAGUUUGUGUUUCAAAUGGCAAAACAUACUCCCACGGUGAAUCUUGGCAUCCUAAUCUCCGGGCCUUUGGAAUUGUAGAGUGUGUAUUGUGUACCUGCAACAUCACCAAACAAGAGUGUAAGAAAAUUCAUUGUCCAGAACAAUAUCCCUGCAAAUACCCUCAGAAAGUGGAAGGAAAAUGCUGUAAAGUCUGUCCAGAAGAAGUGCCAAGUCAAAGCUUUGACAACAAAGAUUACUUCUGUGGGAAAGAGACCUUUCCCGUCUAUGAAUCCAUUUUCACAGAGGAAGGAGAAACCAUCAGGAAAAUUGCAGUGGAGACUGAAAAACCACCACAAAUAGAAAUACACGUGUGGACAAUCAGAAAAGGGAUUCUCCGUCAUUUCUACAUUGAGAAAAUGUCCAAGAGGGAAUUUGAAGAGCUUCCCUACUUCAAACAGAUAACAAGGACAACCUCUAGCCAGUGGAAAAUAUUUAGCGAAGGAGAAGCUCAGAUCAGCCAAAUGUGUGAAAGCAGAGUGUGCAGGACUGAGCUCGAGGAUUUGGUAAAGGUUUUGUACCUUGAGAAGUCUGAAAAGGGUCACUGUUAAGAGAGACAGCACUGAAGGGAGAAACACAAGAAAACUUAUGAAAACUUGGAUCUGCAGCUGGACUGCAGGCUUAUUUUGCUUAAGUCAACAGUUGCCCUAAAAACCAAAACUAUAAUGCAGUAAUUAUUCACAUCAUGCACAGCAAAUUUGCUGCUUUAUGUGUAGUGGUCUGUGUCAAUCGUUCAAAUAUCUCCUCCAAAAGACUAGGAGGCUCUGUGUUACUGGUGGGGGAAGUAGAAAGAGAGACUGUACUUUCCCAGAGUUGCAUUUCUUUACAAGUUAAAAAGAGAAAACAGAACGCUUUUAUUAUUUGGCAAGUUAUUCAAACUAAUGAAAAGAAGGACACCUAAUAAAUGUGCAGGAGUAUGGAGAGCAUUAUUUCCUGUACCGAGCUCAUAGCAUUUCUGGAGUUGAAAUGGCUUGUGGAUUUCUCUUUAAGUAGUGGAGGAAAAAUACAAGUGCUACAAUACUUGUGUUGGAGGCAUAAAAAACGGAUUUAAACUAACAAACUCUAAGCAGCCUGCCUUUGGGAUGAUGUCUUGUAGCUGAGCAAACAGAGUCCAUAAACUGAACAGCAGGUGUUAGUGGCAAUCACUAUAUUUUUGUAGCAACUUGAGCAAAUGUUCGCUUUUAAGUGGUUUUCACUGUUUCCACCACCCACUUCUCUUAAAAAAAAAAAAAAAAAAAAAAGGUAUUAUCUCUCAAAUCACAGCCCUAAUAACUUCAUCCUUCUGGGCUCGAUUAACACAUGGUCUUGGCUGAUAGACUGCCUUCUAAAGCCAUGCUGAAGAAGGUGGUGAAGUACUUGCAGCACUUUCAGAACUCUUAGGGGGUUGCACCUCCCAAUUAAUAACUCCUUCAUUGCAACAGAGCUUAAUUUAUUUGUUCUGGUUUGUUUCGAAGCUAAUCUUCUGCAUUUUUUUCGGAUGGUGACUUCCCAGUUCUCAGGCUUCAAGGACAGAUUUCUCCCGUGACAAAUACCAAACAGCUACAGCAAGCCUUUAGAACACAGUAGCCCUAUGAAAACUCUUAUCUUUGUGAGAAAGCAUUUUGAGAUACUCUGUUAAAUUUAGUGUAGCACAUCUGCAGUGUUCAAGAAAGAUGGCUCUUAUCUGCCAUAAAAGAAGGAGAAGGUUGCUAUUUUGAAAAAAAAAAGAAUUUUCUCUGACGAGUCACCAUAAUGCUGCACUGGGGGCUGCAGUGUUGGGUGAAUUCCCAAGAAGCAAAUGACUCUGCCUGCUUUGCCUUCAUUUUCUGCUCCACAAGUAGGAAGGAACACUGCUGUUCAAACACACACUAGGAAACAAAGCUUUAUGGAAACAGUCUGAAGCAGGGGCUGGGCCUGCUUCAGGAGUGAAGUCACAGUGACUGCGAGGAUUUUGAGGUUUGUUGUUCUGCCAGCAAAAGCACUGCAGGGGUGUACCCAUUUCUAAAGGGAUGGAGGUGUGGGAGAACUCAGCGCUGAAUGCCAAAAGCAGGUUUCAGGCAAAGCUUCACCACCCCGAGCACACUGGGACAGCCUUCCCACAGCUCCUCUCAGCCAGGCUGCAGCGUGGGGCUUCCCAGCAAAGAGAAAAACAGGCUGAAAGGGGUGGGAAAGCUUGAGGGAACUGGGAAAAUAACUCACUGAGUGAUCCAGGACGUUGUAACUCUAGGAUGCUGCAUAAAAUCACCACAUUGUCCCUAGGCCUGGAUGCAGAGUAGCUAACAUAGAGGAACACUUCCCUCCCUGCUGAGUGCUCAACACAGUCCACCGUGUAAGGAAAACGUGCUAAAAACGGAUUUGCAAUAAUAAAACUCAGUCUGAUGUCAGUAAGAACCAAACCUCAUCAGGCUGCAGUGAGGACAGCUGCUCCAGCAUGGGUCCUGCACAGCCACAGUCCUUCCAGCAAGGCCACAGGGAGCCCAGGCCCGGGGUCCCUCCUGCCCUGAUCUGCUGCAGGGCCACUCCUCACAUUUCUCCCAUCACUGCUGGCCCUGUUUCACACUUUAUGAAGUCCCCUUUCCCCAAAGUGUAGCUGCAGAAGCACCAGCUUUGUCUUAGCAAAGCCCACAGCACGUGGCAUCGAGUUCAAAUGUGCUGUAGAAGUGCUAAAUCUCACUAGAACUCUCCUGAUAAGCCAUGAAUUAUAUUGAUCUUUCCUUUGGUGAAGAUGCUGUAAGGAAGACUGAGAACUGUAGCAAUUUGGUGGGAAGAGCAGCAGUGGCCUUCUCACCUCAUGGGCAUAGUGUGUAGCAGGAGCUGGUGAACACAGACUGAGGGGAAAGUAUACAGUGUUUGUGUUUUUACAAAGGUGGCAAUCAGCUUUUUGUAUUUGUGACAGGACUGGUGGAGUCCAGAUUGUGUAUUUAUUUUAUAAUAAACACUUUCUAAGAAAAGCAAAAAAAUAAAAAAAUU